AGAGCACACAAUUUGCUCCAUUGAUUCGCAGCCAGUCGCAGGAAGUACUUGCCGUUCUAAAUGCGUAACUGGGUGUUUGGGGAAACCAAUAUUCACCCAUGAUGGGAUCAUUGAAACUUUUGAUCAAUAGAAUAUUGAUGUUGUCUCUCGUCGCUGUAAAAUCAUCGUCGGCGUUUCUCUCGAGCACCCCUCUUCCCGGUAUUUCUGUUUCGUUUCAUUCCGAAAGAAAUACYGUUCUUCCUCACCGCAAUGGCUGCCAAUCUCUGCGAUUACAGAAUUCUCAAAUCGAGUUCCUGGGAGAGGUCGAGGUAUCGAGAACCUAUACAGGGAGUAACGGUGAAACCGUGACAACCGYCCAUUCAAUUCGGCACCACAUCCACAAUCGAAUGAAUCUGUCGUCCCAGCAAGGUGCUCCAGUUCUAGUUUUGCACGGUGGACCGGGGCUUCCAUCCGAUUAUUUGCUACCCCUACGUGACGUGAUUCCCUAUCGCUCAAUUGUAUUUUACGACCAGCUGGGAUGCGGAAGGAGCCCCGGUCCCGAAACGAACGAGGCAUAUUCCAUAGAGUCGUCCCUUGAUGACUUGGAAGUGCUCAUCAAGAAGAUUGGUUUGACCAGGUUCCAUUUAUAUGGACAGAGUUUUGGCGGAAUUCUUGCCUUUGAAUACAUGAAACGAGUAGCAGAAAGAGGCAGCGACGAUGCACCGAGGUGCCUGUCCGCAAUCCUUUCGAGUGCGCCGUCCGAUGUGGAUCAGAUGGAUGCCAAUUGGGAUGCCCGAGUUGCAAGCCUGUUGGAGGAAGACCCCAAUUCCUCCACGGUCAUGAAUCGAUUCCUAGCGAGGCACGCCUGCCGCAGCAUCUCUGCCGAUGGGGAGAAACCAAAGCCGCUGGCAGAUGCCUACGAAAACGCCGCGCAACCCGGCGUGUGGUUUGGAACCGACAGCAUAAAAGGAUGGAGGGCGGUYAAACCCUUGGAAUUUUCCCAGCGCAUGCCAUCCUGUAUGGUGAUGAGGGGAGAACACGAUUUUGUUACUGCAGAGUGUUUGGAAGCCUGGAAGGACGCCUUCAACCACAAAUUCGUCAGGGUGAAGGAACUAGAGAAUGCCUCGCACCACGGGUUACUUGAGGACGGGAAAACAUAUGGACGUAUUGUUGAUUCUUUUUUCUCCGAGUACGRUUGAGGGAAGUUUGAUGMGGGGUCAACAUGGUUGACGGUCAUGCAUCCAGAACGACAGGCCAUCCUUUUUYAUUCUUGCAGUUCUUACCAACUACUACUAGCUAGUACUAGAAUCCAUUAGCUAUGAACUGAUAUUAGGUAUUAGUACCAAGCAGGAAGUCGUAAUAAUUCAAAAAAGUUGWU